GAACCUCCUCUCUCUUCACAUUUUCAUCAUCUUCUUCAUCCCAACAGGCAAUGCAUAUUCAUCUUUUUCUCUCUCUAGUUAAUCGAUCAAAUUAUCUAAUGGAUGGAUUCCCCUCCGGCUAGCUCGGCUGCUCCUAAUCCGCUACGCUCCAAAACUUCUCCCCCUAUAUAUACAGCUCCUUGUACUUCUCUCGUUCUUACACUCACUCCUCAAUCCAUCCGUCUCCACCAUUGCUCGCUAGCUCGAGCUCCUAGCAAGUACUGCAAAGUCACCCGGGAGUUGAUUUGCUCCUUCUUGGCUUGACCGAUCGUACGUGCCGCCAGGAUGCCGACGCCGGCGCACCUGAGCAAGGACCCGCACUACUUCGACUUCCGGGCGGCGCGGCGGGUGCCGGAGACGCACGCGUGGCCCGGGCUGCACGACCACCCCGUGGUGGACGGCAGCGGCGCGGGCGGAGAUCCGGACGCGGUGCCGGUGGUGGACAUGCGCGACCCGUUCGCGGCGGAGGCGGUGGGGUUGGCGGCGCAGGACUGGGGCGCCUUCCUCCUGGUGGGCCAUGGCGUCCCGUUGGACCUCCUGGCGCGCGUGGAGGCCGCGAUCGCGGGCAUGUUCGCGCUGCCGGCGUCGGAGAAGAUGCGCGCCGUGCGGCGGCCCGGCGACUCGUGCGGCUACGGGUCGCCGCCCAUCUCCUCCUUCUUCUCCAAGUGCAUGUGGUCCGAGGGCUACACCUUCUCCCCGGCCAACCUCCGCUCCGACCUCCGCAAGCUCUGGCCCAAGGCAGGCCACGACUACCGCCACUUCUGCGCCGUGAUGGAGGAGUUCCACAGGGAGAUGCGCGCGCUGGCUGACAAGCUGCUGGAGCUUUUCCUCGUGGCCCUCGGGCUCACCGGCGAGCAGGUCGCCGCCGUCGAGUCCGAGCAGAAGAUCGCCGAGACCAUGACCGCCACAAUGCACCUCAACUGGUACCCCAAGUGCCCGGACCCGAAGCGGGCGCUGGGCCUGAUCGCGCACACGGACUCGGGCUUCUUCACCUUCGUGCUGCAGAGCCUGGUGCCAGGGCUGCAGCUGUUCCGGCACGGCCCCGACCGGUGGGUGACGGUGCCGGCCGUGCCGGGGGCCAUGGUCGUCAACGUCGGCGACCUCUUCCAGAUCCUCACCAACGGCCGCUUCCACAGCGUCUACCACCGCGCCGUCGUCAACCGCGAGAGCGACCGGAUAUCGCUCGGGUACUUCCUCGGCCCGCCCGCCCACGUCAAGGUGGCGCCGCUCAGGGAGGCCCUGGCCGGCACGCCCGCCGCCUACCGCGCCGUCACGUGGCCCGAGUACAUGGGUGUGCGCAAGAAGGCCUUCACCACCGGGGCCUCCGCGCUCAAGAUGGUCGCCAUCUCCACCGAUGAUGCCGCCAACGACACAGACGACCUGAUCUUGUCGUAGAUCGGCGCCGGCCAUCACCGGCCGGUCAAGAGAUCGAUCUAUACAAACAAUUACUUCCUCCGUCGCAUAAUAUAAGAACGUUUUUGACACUACACUGAGUAGUGAAAAAAAGCCAGAGAUGGUGGCGGGCUGUUAGAUUAGCUGAGGUAGCUAGGAGGAAGGGCGCGCGUGCGGUUGUCGUUGGUGUUUAAGGUCUCCUCCAUAUAUGUCUCUAUGCAGAUCGAUGCUGGUGGAUGCGUCCAUGCAGCAGGGAACGAACUAAUUGUAAGAAAAUCAAGCAAGCUUAA